UAUAGUGAUAUAUAAUCUAUGAUCCUAUAGGUUUUAUAGCACAUUCUAUGAUUUUUUGACUCGAAAAUUUAUUGAUACUUUCGUGUUUAUCCUGCACACGUGUGAUUUUCAAUAUAUAUUUCUGUUUAUUCAUUGUAUUUUCAUUACAAAAGAAAUUACAAUGGCGGAAUUUACUAAUGAUUUAUUUGAUGUUUUUGAAGAGGCAGGUGAUGUGGAAAUAAUACCUAGAUCAGUGAAAGAAGUUAAUACAAUAAAAGUUGAUUCUAAUAAUACAUCGAAACGUGAUCUUGAAAAUGAUCAUGAAGAACAAGUGACGAAAAAAUUAAAAACAGACUCUCUCCUGGACGAUAUCAAUAUAGAUGAAUUGGCAUCACGUAUUAAAAUUCAUACUAUAGAAACAAUAGAAUCAUGUACACAUGAAGUAGCAGUACCACCGGAUCAAGAAUAUAUUUCAUUAGAAACUAAACAAACCAAACCAGCUAAGGAAUAUAAAUUUGUUUUGGAUCCUUUUCAAAAGGAGGCAAUACUAUGUAUUGAAAAUAAUCAAUCUGUUCUUGUUUCUGCACAUACAUCGGCAGGGAAAACUGUUGUUGCAGAGUAUGCGAUAGCCUGUUCUUUAAGAGACAAACAAAGAGUAAUAUAUACAACUCCCAUAAAAGCUCUGAGUAAUCAGAAAUACAGAGAAUUUUAUGAAGAAUUUAAGGAUGUAGGAUUAGUAACAGGAGAUGUUACAAUUAAUCCAACAGCUAGUGUUCUUAUUAUGACAACAGAAAUUUUAAGAAAUAUGCUUUAUAGGGGUUCUGAGGUUAUGCGAGAAGUUGGUUGGGUAAUAUUUGAUGAAAUUCAUUAUAUGCGUGACAAAGAAAGAGGCGUAGUAUGGGAAGAAACUCUAAUUCUUUUACCUGAUAAUGUACACUAUGUGUUUCUAUCUGCUACUAUACCUAAUGCACGUCAGUUUGUUGAGUGGGUUGCUCAUUUACAUAAACAACCAUGUCAUGUUGUUUAUACUGACUAUCGACCAACACCGUUACAACACUAUAUAUUUCCAGUUGGUGGAGAUGGUAUUCAUUUGGUUGUAGAUGAAACAGGACAAUUCAAAGAGGAAAAUUUCAAUAGAGCCAUGGCUUGUCUUCAACACGGAGAUGCUGCUAAAGGUGAUACGAAAGGUCGUAAAGGUGGCCUUCGAGUAACAAAUGACGGACAAACAAAUAUUUUUAAAAUGGUAAAGAUGAUUAUGGAAAGAAAUUUUGCCCCGGUUAUUAUCUUUAGUUUCUCUAAAAAAGAUUGUGAAAUCUAUGCAAUGCAAAUGGCACAAUUAGAUUUAAAUACAUUGGAAGAAAAAAAAUUAGUAGAUGAAGUUUUCAACAAUGCUAUGGAUGUUUUAAGCGAAGAAGACAGACGAUUACCACAAGUCGAAAAUGUACUUCCUCUUUUAAGACGUGGUAUUGGUAUUCAUCAUGGAGGACUUUUGCCUAUUCUAAAAGAAACUGUGGAAAUUUUAUUUGGUGAAGGAUUAAUUAAAGCAUUAUUUGCCACGGAAACUUUUGCAAUGGGAUUAAAUAUGCCUGCAAGAACAGUUUUAUUUACAGCGCCACGUAAAUUUGAUGGCAAAAAUUUUCGUUGGAUUACAUCUGGAGAAUAUAUCCAAAUGUCUGGACGUGCUGGUAGGAGAGGCUUGGAUGAAAAAGGAAUAGUUAUUUUAAUGAUCGAUGAACAAGUUAAACCGGUUGUCUGUAAAGAAAUUGUACAGGGAAAACCAGAUCCAAUAAAUUCUGCAUUCCAUUUAACAUAUAAUAUGGUGCUCAAUCUUCUUAGAGUAGAAGAAAUAAAUCCAGAAUAUAUGUUAGAAAGAAGUUUCUAUCAAUUUCAAAAUCAAGCUUGUAUACCAAAUUUAUACAAUAAAGUAAAAAAGCUGGAAGUUGCAUAUAAUGAAAUCAAUAUAGAAAAGUAUAAUCAGAUAUCUACAUAUCACGAUAUUCGCGAGCAAUUAGAUCGAUUAAGUACUGAAUUUAGAUCAUUUUUGACAAAACCAGAGUAUUUACUUCCAUUUUUGCAACCUGGUAGAUUGAUAAAGGUAAAAAGUGGAAAUGAAACAUUUGAUUGGGGUAUUAUAGUAAAUUUCAAAAAGAAAAAUCCCAAAAAUCCAAUAAAGGAAAAGUCCGUUUUGAUUAUUGAUAUUUUACUCCAUGUAUCUAAAAAAUCUUCUGAAGGAAGUCUAUUACCUUGUCGUGAUGGAGAGGAAGGUGAUAUAGAAGUUGUUCCUGUUUUACAUACAUUAAUUUCCCAAAUCAGUUCUCUUAGAUUAUAUCAUCCGAAUGAUUUAAGGCCUACUGAUAAUAGAAAAAGUGUACUGAAAACCAUUCAAGAAGUGAAAAAACGGUUCCCAGAUGGACUGCCAUUAUUAAAUCCCAUAACUGAUAUGCACAUUGAAGAUCAGAGUUUUAAAGACAUUGUUAAAAGAAUUGAAGUUCUAGAAGAAAGACUUUAUUCUCAUCCUUUGCACAAGGAUUGUAAUGUGAAUACAUUAUAUGAACAAUUUUUACAUAAAGAAGAAUUAGGUGUGCAACUAAAACAAGCAAAAACAGAACUAAAACAGGCUAAAUCCAUACUUCAAAUGGAUGAAUUAAAAUGUAGAAAACGAGUACUUCGAAGGAUGGCCUAUUGUACAGCAGCUGAUGUAAUAGAAUUAAAAGGCAGAGUUGCUUGUGAAUUAAAUGGAACUGAUGAAUUAUUAAUGACAGAAAUGAUUUUUAAUGGUUUAUUUAAUUCAUUAAGUAUACCACAAAUGGUAGCUUUAAUUAGUUGUUUUGUGUGUGAUGAUAAAUCUAAUGAAAUGCCUAAAAGUACUGAAGAAUUAAGUGGACCACUUAGGCAAAUGCAAGAUUUAGCUCGAAGAAUAGCCAAAGUUUCAACUGAAGCUAAUUUAGACUUAGAUGAAGAUACAUACGUAGAAAGAUUUAAACCAUACCUGAUGGAUGUUGUAUAUGCUUGGUGUAAAGGUGCAACCUUUCUACAGAUAUGUAAAAUGACAGAUAUAUUUGAAGGAUCGAUAAUAAGAUGUAUGCGUCGUUUAGAAGAAGUUCUAAGGCAAUUAUGUCAAGCUGCAAAAAAUAUUGGAAAUACAGAUUUAGAAAAUAAAUUUAGUGAAGCAAUUAAACUUAUAAAAAGAGACAUUGUUUUCGCUGCAUCUUUGUAUUUAUAACUAAAAUAUAUAAGAAAAUUUUUACAGCAAUAUUUUAUUUCUAAGUUUAUUUUAAUAACAACAAUAAGUAGAAUAAAAUUUUCAAAAUGUAAUUUAUUUUGUGGAUAUUUAAAACAUACAAUUCACAUGUAUGAGGGUAAUGAGUUUUUACAAAAUAAAACUACAUCUGUUAAUAUUUAUCUAUGUGAAGAAAGUAUGACAUAAAAUGUAAUUGUAUAAUAAACAGAACUCAAAUUAA